AUGAAGUUUUAUAGUGUAGUUUCAGCUAUUAUUUUUUUAGUAGCAUGGAUUUUAAUUUUAUUAUCAUUUUUUAAAACAUGGUAUUAUUUCGAAAUUACUCAACCCAUUGAUGAAUAUAAUACAGUUAAAUAUUCAUUUGGUAUUGGAAAAGUCAAAACACACGAUUACCACAACAGCACUGCAAAUAGCAAUUUAGAUACAAUAAAGUUUUUCAAACAAUUUGGUAUUGGAGAAGUCAGAUAUAACGAGUUUUUAAGUGCUUCAGUUGGUUUUGCCAUUAUUUCAUGGGUUAUUUGUAUGGUUCAAUUUGCACUUUGCGUUUUGGAUGUAAUUGGAAAAACUAGUAAUAUUGGAAGAUUUUUAGGUAUAAUAGUAUUAAUAUUUACAAUGCUUUCAUUAUCUAUUUUUACUGGUUUCAAGAGCUCAUUACAUAAAGCAUGUUUACAAUCAAAGGUGAAUAAUUGUGACUCUGGUGCAUUAAAAGGAUUAUGGUCCUCCUCUUUCGUGGGUGAAAAUGACUAUUCUGAAUGGGGUUAUGGAGAUGGAUGGAUUUAUAUGAUUGCUGCCUUUGUACUAUCUUUUGCUGGUGCCAUUUAUAAUAUUCUCUUUUUCAAUAAAAAUAGGGAAGAUGAUUAA